GGCAACUUAAACCACCUAUUUGCCGAACGGCGUACAGGAACGGUUACUCUUUGCUUUGCGGUCACCCUACUUGCGUGGGACACUUGGAAUAUCUCAGUUUGUCUUGUAAACCUGCACCAUGCAUAUUAAAGAGAAGCUUUCUCAAAAUGAGGCUGCUGGGAGACCGGGAAUCUCCUUCGAGUUCUUCCCACCUAAAACAGCCCAGGGUGUCCAGAAUCUUUACGAUAGAAUGGAUCGCAUGCACGCCCUAGGUCCUUCUUUCAUAGACAUCACUUGGGGAGCAGGAGGUCGCUUGUCGGACCUUACUUGCGAAAUGGUCAACGUUGCACAGUCUGUGUACGGCUUGGAAACUUGUAUGCACUUGACAUGUACCGAUAUGCCCGUCGAGAAGGUAGACGCUGCGCUCCAGGCAGCUUACAAGGCCGGCUGCACCAAUAUCCUCGCUCUCCGUGGAGAUCCUCCGCGUGAGAAGGAAAACUGGGAAGCUACCGAUGGUGGAUUCCGCUAUGCCAAGGACCUGGUAAAGCACAUCAGGGACAAGUAUGGCAACCACUUUGACAUCGGCGUUGGAGGGUACCCGGAAGGGGCGGACGACAACCCGGACGUUGAUCUCUUGAUUGAUCACCUCAAGGAGAAGGUUGACGCGGGUGCUUCGUUUGUCAUCACACAGAUGUUCUACGAUACGGACAACUUCAUUGACUGGGUAAAGAAAUGCCGAGACAGAGGCAUUGCCGUGCCCAUCAUACCCGGUAUAAUGCCCAUUCAGACGUAUGCUGCAUUUAUCAGACGAUCGGAAUGGACAAAAACUCGAAUUCCACCGGAGUGGCUUGAGGCCCUGGAACCCGUUAAGAACGAUGACGCUGCUGUCAGAAACAUCGGUAAACGCCUGGUCGCAGAUAUGUGCAGAAGGCUCCUCAAAAGCGGUCUCAACCACCUUCAUUUUUACACGAUGAAUCUCGCACAGUCAACGCAACUGGUUCUCGAAGACCUUGGCCUUCUGCCGUCUGAGGAGACACCGCUCCAGAGAGCCUUGCCUUGGCGGCCUUCGCUCGGUCUCAAUCGCAGAGGGGAAGACGUUCGUCCCAUCUUUUGGCGAAACCGCAACUCUUCUUACAUUGCUCGUACGCAGACUUGGGAUGAAUUCCCCAACGGUCGUUGGACUGAUUCCCGGUCGCCUGCCUUCGGCGAAUUGGACAGCUACGGUAUCGGUCUCAAGGGUACAAAUGAGCAAAACAUCAAGCUCUGGGGGCAGCCAAAGUCUUUGCGGGACGUCACUCAUAUUUUUGUCGACUAUCUGGAAGGCAGAUUGGCGCGACUACCUUGGAGCGACAGUCCAAUCACCGCCGAAGCCAACGCUAUCAAGGAUGAUUUGAUUGAGCUAAACAAGAAGGGUAUCUUCACCAUUAACUCGCAACCGGCCGUGAAUGGUGUGAAAUCCUCUCAUCCGGUACACGGCUGGGGCCCCAAGAACGGUUAUGUCUAUCAAAAGGCAUACUUGGAGCUCCUGAUUCCUUCUUACUUACUUGAUGACUUGAUCGACCGCAUUGAACAGAACACCUAUCUCACCUACCAUGCUGCCUCCAAGAAUGGAACCCUGCGCACCAAUACUAAUGAUAGUCCCAACGCCUUGACAUGGGGUAUCUUCGCGGGACGAGAGAUUGUCCAGCCCACCAUUGUGGAGACGAUCAGUUUCUUGGCCUGGAAGGAUGAGGCGUACCGUCUCGGUGAAGACUGGGCCAAAUGCCACGAUGCUUCCAGCCCCAGCAGAAAGCUGAUCCAGAGCAUUGUGGAUGAUUGGUGUCUCGUUAAUAUCGUGAACAAUGAUUUCCACAACACCAGCAGCCUCUUUGACUUGUUUAAGGAUCUGAAUGUAAAAGAUCUCGACACCGAAAUUGCGACCGAGGACGGUGAAAUCAAGCCUCAGCAAAAUGGCGUCUCGAACGGAGCCGCUGACGGCACCGUGAUUGAUGGAACCUCCACCGAGCUUCCUAUCCUUAAUUAGGAAUUCCUACAACUCAUAUUUCAUUGCCGCUUUCAACAGGCAUCUCGACGGGCUCAUCCCCGCAGUCUACGAUCAUGCUAUGCACCUCUAUAUGCAUAUUCUUCAACCCGUCUCACGACUACUUAACUAAUUUCAACACAUGACGACUAC